AUGAGAAAGAAGCUGAUGAUAGAAAAAUUUGUCAGGCUGACCAAAGACACGUACGACAAAGAGACAACGAUGGUUCGCAGUAAAUGCGGCGAAAUGGAUGAUUUCGACAGUGACUUAGCAAAUCGGUCGAUGAUCGACAAUACGACGAUGAUGAAGAUACCAGUCAGCAACGGAGCCGCUACCCGUUCUGAACGGAAGAGGCAGACCGCGCGAUUCCAUUACAGCACGUCAGAUUAG